GGCCACCUCAGCUGAUCAGUGAUCUGUUGGCUCUCCAACUCUCGGUUAAUUCGGAGAAUCCAGCGGUAAUUUAAUUUGAGCAUUUCGACAGAGAUUUCGAGACCAGUCGCGUGCCAAUACUCCGGAAAAUACGUCCUACCUACCGCAGUACUUUCAAGUAUACAUAAGUAUAUUCUCAUCAAAGACACUUGUUGCUUGUUGUUAUAAUUAUACACGCUCCACUGUCUUGUAUCUGCAGUUUGAAAUUCAACUUCUACAAGCCAACAUGACGGAACCGGUUGCGGACAUAGCUCUUAUUGGCCUGGCUGUGAUGGGUCAAAAUCUCAUUUUGAACAUGAACGAUCACGGCUUCGUUGUUUGCGCCUACAAUCGCACCACGGACAAGGUCAAGUCGUUUCUCGCCAAUGAGGCAAAGGGUACAAAAAUCGUUGGCGCGUUCAGUCUCGAAGAAAUGGUCAGCAAGUUGAAGAAGCCCAGAAGAAUUAUGCUGCUAGUGAAAGCUGGCUCUGCUGUUGAUGCCUUUAUUGAAAAGUUGGUUCCUCUGCUGUCUCCUGGAGACAUUAUCAUUGAUGGCGGUAAUUCAGAGUACAAAGAUACUGAAAGGAGAGCCAAAGACUUGGAUACCAAGGGUAUUUUGUUUGUGGGUAGUGGAGUCAGUGGUGGUGAGGAGGGAGCUAGGUAUGGACCAUCCCUAAUGCCUGGAGGUAACCCCAAAGCUUGGCCACACAUUAAGCCGAUUUUCCAGGCUAUCUGUGCUAAGGCUAAUGGAGAACCUUGCUGUGAUUGGGUGGGAGAAACAGGAGCUGGACACUUUGUCAAAAUGGUUCACAAUGGGAUUGAAUACGGAGAUAUGCAGCUGAUCUGUGAAGCAUAUCAUGUUAUGAGGGAUGGCUUAGGACUAAGUAAUGAAGAAAUGAGUAAUGUUUUUACUGAAUGGAAUAAGGGGGAACUUGAUUCGUUCUUAAUUGAAAUCACAAGCAAUAUACUUCGAUACAAAGACGACAAGGGUCAUUUAAUCGAUAGAAUAAGAGAUACUGCUGGUCAAAAAGGAACUGGAAAAUGGACAGCAAUUGCUGCCUUAGACUACGGAGUGCCGGUCACUCUAAUUGGCGAAUCAGUAUUUGCAAGGUGUUUGUCAGCUUUGAAGACUGAACGAAUCGAAGCAAGUUCUGUGUUGGCUGGUCCCAACAUCAAAUACCAAGGAGAUAAGAAGGAAUUCUUAGAGCAUCUCAAGAAGGCCCUCUAUGCUUCUAAAAUUAUUUCCUAUACCCAGGGUUUUAUGCUUCUCAGAGAGGCUGCCAAAAUUUACAAAUGGAAUCUCAAUUAUGGUGGCAUUGCAUUAAUGUGGAGAGGUGGUUGCAUUAUCAGAAGUGCAUUCCUGGGCAAUAUCAAGCAGGCUUUUGACAAAAACCCCAAACUAACAAAUCUACUGCUCGACGACUUCUUUGCAAAGGCAAUGAAGAAUUGCCAGCAGAGUAUCCGCGUGGCUGUGUCGACAGCUGUAAACCUUGGCAUACCGACUCCAGCGCUAUCGACAGCGCUUGCCUUUUACGAUGGUUACCGUGCAAUGCGUCUACCUGCCAAUUUGCUUCAGGCACAACGAGACUAUUUUGGGGCUCAUACUUACGAACUCCUCGGUGAGGAGGGUAAGUUCGUGCAUACUAACUGGACUGGCCAUGGUGGCAAUGUCUCAGCCUCAACGUAUGAUGCUUAGAUUAAGACAAUCAUUGUCAUUCCUUGAAAAAAUUUACGAAAAAAAAAAGCAGUUGACGACUACUGCUACAUCAUGUUGUAGAUAUGUUGUUUAUCUAUUGAAAUUUUAUAUAGGAUCUUUACCAAUUAAUUUUUAAAUUGAAAUGCGAGGAUAUAUAUUUUUAAAACUUCAAUCAUGGAAUCGUACAUUCUUACGUGCAUUUAUUAAUGAUUGUGAUUUACGCAAGCAGUCUAAAAUAUAUAUCUAUGUUUUACUAUUUUUAAGCAAUGUUGUAAAGUAUUUUGUAUAGAAAGUAAUGGCUAAAAUAUUAAUCAAUGUUGAUACUUCAGUAUAACAACAUAAGCUUUUUUUUCCCACUCGCGCCACUCUACGAAAUUGCCUUUACACACGUGAUUAAUUCUCGCAAUGUUGAAACAAUUUUAAAAAAUAAAAAAAUACAUGGUAUUGCGAAA